AUGCUGGUGAAGAAGCAUGCAGGGAAAGGAGGGGGGCGAGAGCCUGGAUCGGAGGACCCGAGUCCCUCCAGGCAGCGUUGGGCCCGCACCAUGCCCCCGUGCGCAGCUAUGGCGACCCUGCUAUCAGUGGUGGCCGUGAUCUCUUGUCUGUACCUUGGGGUGAAAACCAAUGACCUUCAGGCGAGGAUCGCCGCUCUUGAAUCCGCGAAAGGGGCCCCUUCCAUCCAUCUGCUGCCUGAUACCUUGGAUCAGCUGAAAGCCAUGGUACAAGAGAAAGUGGAGCGACUUCUGGCUCAGAAAUCCUAUGAACAUAUGGCUAAAAUAAGGACUGCAAGAGAAGCACCUUCAGAGUGCAACUGCCCAGCAGGUCCACCAGGGAAACGAGGGAAGAGGGGCCGAAGAGGAGAAUCUGGUGAGUCUGUCAUUCCUUCUAGUGUGACUCCAGCAUCUGCCCCUCUGAAUGAAUG